AUGGCGGCAUUCACUACCGGCAGGAUAUCUCUGUCCCGCCAUGCGCCUCUUGAUGCCAUUGCGUCCCGGUCUUCUUACCCCUCAGGAAGCCUGAGCCGUGGCUUCGCAACCGCCGUGACACGCCACCGGAUACGAGCCCUGCCUUCCUACCACAGUCAAUCUGGCAAUCAGGCACCUCAGAGGCGCUUACCAUUCUUGGCCAGCCCCUCGCACACGCGGAAGCUAUCUUCUGCCCACUCUCCGUCGUCGGCCAAGGGUCCCACUGCUCGCUACGAUGAGCUGGUAUCUACGAAGGUUCUUAGAGAUGAUGACCAUCAGCGCUCUAUCAUCGCCCUGCUCCAAUCCCUUCAUGACGAGUUGAAAGACUACGAGCCACCCGAUGCCAGAGCGCCCCUUGGCCACAAGCAUGAAGAGUCUCGCGGCCUUGUGAGUGGUGAUCAGUCAAGUGUCAAGAGGAGUGAAGACGAGACUCUGGAAAUCCCGGAUAAGGUGCCAAAAGGAUUGUAUCUCUUCGGAGAUGUUGGUACCGGCAAAAGUAUGCUUAUGGACCUCUUCUACGAGCAGCUUCCCGACAACAUCACCCACAAACGUCGGAUCCACUUCCAUCAGUUCAUGAUUGAUGCACACAAGCGCAUGCACACAUUCAAGGCCCUGACCCAUCGCCCCAGCGGCAUCGUGGUCGGAGCAUCGUCUGCCAUCAUGAGUGGUCUGUCUGCCGCCGGAAGCGAGGCGAGCAGAGCGUCCGGAGAUGAAGUGGACCCGAUACCUCACGUGGCCAUGGAAUUUGCCCAAGAAGCGACUGUGCUCUGCUUCGACGAGUUUCAGGUGACAGAUAUUGCCGAUGCUAUGAUUCUCAGGAGGCUACUGCAUCACAUGAUCGCACACGGAGUAGUGCUGGUUACUACAUCCAAUCGUCACCCAAAUGACCUCUACAAGAACGGCAUACAGCGCUCGAGCUUCAUACCCUGCAUUGAGCUGCUGAAGACCCGGACGAUCGUAAAGGACCUUAACUCGGGUACCGACUAUCGCAAAGUACCCCGAUCAUUGUCGAAAGUGUACUAUUCCUCGGUGGAGGAGAGCAGUAUGCGAGAGUUCGAGAAGCUGUUCGGAGCCUUUACAUCUGACCCUUCGGAUCCAGAGGUCGAUGACCGACAACUGAUGGUGUGGGGAAGAAAGGUCAAGGUGCCAACGUCUACCAGCAAAGUCGCUCGCUUUACCUUUCAAGAGCUGUGUGGCACGCCUCGCUCAGCGGCCGACUAUAUUGAGAUCUGCCGGACGUUCCCCACGAUCUUCAUUCACGACAUUCCCAAGAUGGGUCUAGAUCAGCGCGAGGUUGCACGGCGCUUCAUCACAUUUAUUGAUGCGGCCUACGAAAGCAAGCAGAAGAUCUUCCUGAGCAGCGAAGUUCCAAUUCUGCAGAUCUUUGGUGCCGGAGACAAAGGUCACAAGGGUGCAGAGACGAGUGAUGCAAUGAGGGAAGCUAUGGAUGCAUUGGGUAUGACGAUUGACCAACUGGGCGGCAACCCCAUCUUCAGCGGUGACGAGGAACUCUUUGCGUUUGCACGAAUGAUAUCGAGAUUGACAGAGAUGGGCACAACACAAUAUGCAGAGCUAGCAAGCGCCGGGCAUCAGGAGGCGCCACCGGAGAUGUAGUGCGACAAAGACUUCAGAGGAGAUCAUGCAGAAUACUCAUCCGACCCUCUGAAUUGGCUUGAUGACAGCGCCCGGCUUUGGCUUGAGAACCCUAGGCAUGGUCAAGCGUUGGUUCUGCGUCA